AAGAACAGAUCGCACCAGCCGUCCGAACGGGCCGACUGCACACCACACCGAGGCCACCCCACCCCUCCAGUCCCGGCGCAUCCCCAGCUCAGACUUUCAUCCGAAAAGUGGCUGCACUGUUCUUCCUGGUCGAGGAUGACCGUUGGACAGUCCAUAGCUACCUUCUUGGUGCUCGCGGCGGCGACGGCAACGACAUGGGCUGUGGAAGAAGGCCAGCUACGGCUGGUGAUCGGCACAAGGGUGACGACUCACGAAGGCCGGGGCAACGUGGAGAUCUACCACGCGAACCGCUGGGGUGCCAUCUGCGACGACGAGUGGGACUCGAGGGAGGCCGACGUGGUGUGCAGGAUGAUGGGCUACGCCAACGCGUCCAGGGUCACGACCAACGGCCACUUCGGCAAGGCCCUCCGGCCUUUCCUCAUGGACAACCUGUACUGCAACGGGCACGAGGUGCACAUCGAGGAGUGCCAGUUCGACGGAUGGGGUGUUCAUGACUGUGGACGCGAGGAGGCCGCCGGAGUCAUUUGCGACAAGGACCCGGAGGCGACCGCCGCCCCCGUCACCACCCCGGCCGCGCCGGUCCCCAAAUGGGUCUCCAAAAAGAAGAUCAGGGCCAAGAGCAGAGGCAGCGUAAAGGUGCGCCUAGCAGGUGGCCGCAGCAGGCAGGAGGGCCGCCUGGAGGUGUACAUCCCCAAGCGCGGCUGGGGCGUAGUUUGCGGGGACGGCUGGGGAGUCCUCGAGGCCAUGGUCGUCUGCAGGCAGCUCGGCAUGGGCUACGCCCAGGACGCCAUACAGAGCGACUUCUUCGGGGGCGGUAACCAGACGAUGCUGCUGAGCGGGAUUCAGUGCACCGGCGACGAGAAGAACCUGGCGGACUGCCUGCACGACCAGCUGGGGAAAGUGACCUGCCCAGGUGUCGAAGACAACAUUGCCGGCGUCAUGUGCACUGACGAGCUGGCCGACCUUGUGAUCGACGAGCAAGAAGUCGAACGAUCUGCGUACCUCGAGGAUCGUCAGCUGCUCUACCUCCAGUGCGCCAUGGAGGAGAACUGCCUCUCCACAUCGGCGUACGCGCUCAAGAGCGACCCCGGCUGGCUGUACGAGAGUCGAAGGCUACUGCGGUUCACGGCACGGGUGGCCAACGUCGGAAGUACAACGUUCAAGCCGUUCCUGCCCAAGCACGCCUGGCUGUGGCACUCCUGUCACAUGCACUACCACUCAAUGGAGGUGUUUGCCCACUUCGACGUGUUGGACCUGGAAGGCCGUAAGGUGGCCGAGGGCCACAAAGCCAGCUUCUGCCUGGAGGACAACGUCUGCCAGCCGGGAAUCGAGAAGACCUACUCGUGCGCCAACUACGGCGACCAAGGGAUCUCCAUCGGGUGCACAGACACGUACGCCCACAACAUUGACUGCCAGUGGGUCGACAUGAGCGACGUCGCGCACGGACAGUACAUCUUCAAGGUGUCCAUCAACCCGGAGUACAAGAUGGCCGAGAUAAGCUACGACAACAACGCGGCCCUCUGCGACCUCACCUACACCCAGACCUUCGCUGCCGUCACCAACUGCACCUUGGUUCGGCCGUGAACUAUGAGGACUCGUCCUCUUGCGGCGCCCAACUUCUCAACGGAGCACAACCAAACAAAACUGUGACGAAGGCAGUUGUGAAACGCUUACGCCCUCGCCCUAUUAAGCGCAGAAACAAAGAACAGUGCUUGCAGACGUAACGAAUACUCAUAGACCUUUGUAAGGGCUGUCUUCGCAGAUAAAUCGGCCUCCGCAAGUACCUUACCCGUCACUGUUUUCAAGAAAUUACGAGUGUGUUAUUAUAUUACAAACGCGCGCUACUUGCCGGGGGCAAGGGACGCCUCUAUUAAUUGCCCUCUGUACGCUGCCAUCUUUUAUACUGCGCUGUGGAACGCAUUCUGGACAUGUGAAGUUCAGCUAGUGGCAUGAUAUAAGAGCGGCACGAAGGUCUUUAAGAUGUUCCGCCUUCUGCGCAAGUUUUCCGCCUUUUAUGGUACUUCAGCGUCUCUUGAUCUUCGAACAUGCACGCUCUGCCAAAGGAUGACGGAAGGCAACGAGCCCGUUCGGAUUGUAUAAUAGCUGGUCAACUCGAAAAAGACGACCUGCGUUUCCUGUCCUUUCAGUGAUUAAAGCUCUGUUUGCGGAAUA